UCUGUCUCCGUCUCCCUUCCCUCUAAUUCCUCACCUCUUCUUUCGCUGAAAAUAUAUCUAAUCUGUCAUCUUUUAGAUUAAGAGCAUGGACAAUCAACGCAGCCCUCUGCUUAGUUGGGCUUACUACUGCCAGGGCAAGUCAAUGGAGGAGCUGAGGCAGUCCCUGUUGUACACCACUCUUGAGCUGGAAGAAACAAGAGCUGCAGCGCAGGAGGAACUCAGAAAGAGGGAUGAUCAACUGGUUAAUCUCAAGGAUCUGCUUAACAAGACCAUUAAAGAGAGAGACGAAGCACGCGAGAAAUGCCACAGGCUUCUCUUGGACAAGUUUGUUCUACAGCAGCAACAAGCAGCUCCUCUUUCUGGAGUUUCCAGCAUUGAGGACGAACCCAGAAGGGGAAUUGACUCCAACAAUGGCCUCUCUUCAUCGGAUUGUGAAGAAAGCAUUGUUUCUUCUCCGGUUAUUGACCAUUUCCCUCAACCCCAGUUGCCGCCACAGCCGCCAUUACCGGCGACCCAAUCCAUGAUGGAGUUGGCUCCUGAGAAGCCGUUACCAGAAAAAGGCAAGCUUUUGCAGGCGGUGAUGAAAGCAGGCCCUCUGCUUCAGACUCUGCUUUUGGCAGGACCACUUCCUCAAUGGAGACACCCGCCACCCCCACUCGACUCUUUUGAGAUUCCUCCAGUCACCAUUCCUUCACCGCCGCCGGCGCCGCCGGCAAUACCACCACAGCUUCUCCACCAAGAUUCCUUCAUCAAUACUAACGGUGCUGGCAGCACUCCCAUCAACUGCGGAAGAAUUAGUAGAAAGAGGGCUUUCUGUCAGGGCUCUGAGAAUCCCACAGAGGCCAAGUACCAAAGGGUCGUACUCCCUUGACUGCCGGAUUUGGCCGAUUAAUUUAUGAUUUACAUAUUUCGUAGUUAUUAGGAUUAAAGGUUAGAAAUUUACUGCAAGGAGUUGAAAAUGGCAAGCUGGGCAUGCCGUGUGCGACUGAUCUAGCAUCUGUACAGUGGUUUGUUCUAGAGAGGAAGUUAUUCGGAUUUAACUGGGUAAGACAUAGGCUUUGAGGCAAUUUUUCUUUUGGGUGAAGAAUAUGUAACGGACAUUUUGGCCUCUUCACUUUUGCUUUGCCUUCUCUGAAUUUGUAAUGUAACUAAUUAGAUAGUUUAGUUCAGCAAGUGAUGGGAGUGUUGGUGGGUGUUGUGUGAGAUUGAUAGAACACAUGGGUAGAAUGAAGAGGGGUGGAUGGGUGCGGAGUCGUUGGGAUCGGGAGAUGGGUGGGAGUGGGACUGUAGCCAACGACCAAAGGGAAGGUUUUGAGCCCUGCUUGUCGGGUCAGGAGGACCCACAAAUCAGAAUCAGGAUCUGUUAUUAGUGUGGUGUAUGAUUAUAUUAAGCCUCCGCUACAAAAGCUAUCAUUAUUCAAGUCUAAUCUCAUGUUCCUUUAAAUUA